AUGAUGUUACUUCGCUCUUAUGAUGUCCGUCAUGUGACGGACGAAAGCUUAGCACCUUUUCAGCCUAAUCGAAGGAGAUUGCCUCGGAAACAGCGUCAGGAUGAAUCUUCCAGUAAGGCCAAUCGACAACUGGUCAAGAGGAUUCCGCCGUUGUCUUCUGGUAGAACCGGCCUUCGAAGGUGUUCGGAGCAGCGACUCGAAUGCUGGUCCCACCAGAAGACGACGGUGGAUUCCGCUUGUCCAACUGUCGAUUGGCUUUGUUGGAACAUCAUUGCUGACUCCCUUUAUGAGGCAAUUUUCUUCGAUUCCGGUUGCCGUAGAGCUAUACAACAGCUGUUCUGA